GGUGCGGCGCAGAGCCAGAGAGAUCGGCGGCCGAGGAGCGCGUCUAAGAAGCAGGAGCGGGAUCCAGACCGAAGGUUCCGCAGUUGGUGUAGCCGACAUGGCCCUGCAGGCUGAUUUUGACAGGGCUGCGGAAGAUGUGAGGAAGCUGAAGACAAGGCCAGACGAUGAAGAGCUGAAGGAGCUCUACGGGCUCUACAAACAGUCUGUGAUUGGAGACAUCAACAUCGGUAAGUGUCCAGUGAUGCUUGACCUAAAAGGCAAGGCUAAGUGGGAAGCAUGGAACCUCCAAAAAGGGUUGUCAAAGGAAGAUGCCAUGAGUGCCUACAUUUCUAAAGCAAAACAGCUGAUAGAAAAAUAUGGAAUCUAGAAGUCAGCCUAUGAGAAACUUUCCCUUUUGAAAUCUUCAUAGUGGUAUCAGGAUCUAAGAUUUGGGUGGUAAAUGCACUGUGAACUCUCCAGGUAUCAUGUAUGUUUUUGCUGUUAAUGUGAAUUGUAAUACUUAUUUAG